AUGGUCAAGGCGGAUUACGACCCAAUCACCCUGUCUCUAUUCGGUGAUUUAGUCGCAAAUGCUCCCUUUGUCCCAGUUCAUCUUGGGUCAAUGAGCUGGUCAGUGAAGUACCAGUUGAGGCUGCACGGGAAAGGGUUGAAAGAUGGAGAUGUGCUUUUGACGAAUUCUCCAAUUGCCGGGGGAAGUGACAUCGGUGGGAUCUUACCGGGCUCCAUGCCGCCCACAUCCACCCAGCUUUACGAAGAGGGUGCAAACAUACACUCGCUGAAGAUUGUCUCUGAUGGUUAUUACGAUCACGAUGCAUUGUACAAAGUGAUGGUAGAGGAUCCUGCAAAGUACCCAGGAUGUUCAGGAUCGAGGUCAUUUAAAGAUGUUGAGAGUGACGUGAAAGCUCAGAUUGCGGCGAACAAUAAAGGUACGAAUCUGCUCAAAGCGUUGGUAAAGGAGUAUGAUUUGAAAACGGUGCAUGAUUAUAUGGAUCAUAUCAAGAACAUGCGAUCAAUGAUUGGGGAAGAUAUACCUCUCAAUGCGGGAUGUCUCGUCCCAAUUGACAUACGAAUUCCAGAUGGAUGUUUAUUAUCCCCAUCACCCGAAAGCGCUGUCUGUGGUGGGAAUGUCAUGACAUCGCAAAGAAUUACAGAUACUGUUCUGCUGGCGUUUGAGGCGUGUGCUGCUAGUCAGGGCUGUUGCAACAAAUCCAGAGAUUUUGGAACGACGUUAUCGCCGUCAUCAGGCGGUGCAGGUAAAUUCCACGGUGGAGAAGGUUGCAUCCGAUCGUUGCAAUUCCUACAACCUCUAUCCGUAUCCAUUCUCUCCGAGCGAAGAUCUCGAGCACCUUAUGGGUUAGCUGGAGGUGGUCCUGGCGCGACUGGACUGAACAUAUGGGUCAAGCAGCCUAAACACGAAGAUGGCAAAGUUAGGACGAUCAACGUGGGCGGAAAAGGUACCAUGCAGUUUGGGACUGGGGAUAUGUUAGUGCUGCAUACCCCUGGGGGAGGUGGGUGGGGUACGCCAGAGCAUGGCGUGGAAGAGGAUAGAGUAAAGAACCGGUGGGAGCCGAGGGGAACAUGGGCCGAUAAAGCGCAACCUGAUUUUUGA